GAUCCAUUCGACCGGACCCCGAGCCGGUGGUCGAUCCAGCUGAGGCUCCUCCCGAGGACGUGAGGGUUGAGGAUGCUAGUGAACCCUCGGCCCCUGCGCGGGCGUCCCCGGGUACCGAUCACCCGGUUACGUCCCCCCCGUCUUCCUCGACUUGGGGGCAGCUGCCGGACGACAUCCCGAUGAUGGGAGGUAGCUUCGAGACCUUUUUUGAUGGGGUACCCUCCGCCAACACUUUCGGGCUCGAAACCCCCCGGAAAGACCCUCAGGCCGAAUCAAGUGGGACUUCGGCCGUCAACAAGCUUGUCGAUAGGUUUCCAGCUCCGAGCCUGGACCCGGACUGUAACAGGAUAGUAACUUUUGCUAUCCCCAAAGACGUCCGGGCUCUGGGGCCCCCGGUCGGGGUUGCAAGCUAUCUUCAUCACCUGAUGACGGAGGAAGACCGGGCUGCAACCGAGGCUGUAGAUUGGACAUGCCUUUUCAACGAAGCCCAACAGGCGCAGCUCAAGGCAUCGGUGCUAUAUCACUCGAUGUUCCUCCGGAUCAAGGACAAAAUGGAGACGGAGCGAGAGGGGCUCCGGGUCCUUGAAGAAAAGCUGCUAGAAAGCCGGACUGGAUUGGACCUUUUGAACAAAGAGCACGCGUCCUGUGCUAUCCGGCUGGAGGAAGCGAAGAAAGAGCUUGGUUAUAAGCUAAGGGGGGUGCAAGCCGAGCUUAAUCGGAUCCAGGUACUUCUUACCAGCCAUGUCUUCAGUGAGCAGCGACAAUUGGAGACUUCAAGAUUCUGA